AUGUCGCACGAUGUCGCCAUUACGAAAGCGGUGCUGGUGCUUAUCAAGUGCUUUGGGCAGCUGUAUGGGAUUUUACCACUCGCGUCCAAAACGUUUACGUUCGAACAAUGCCGCCCAGUGCUCUGGUACAGCCGAACGAUCGCGCUGCUACUGAUGGUGAUCUAUCCUUGCGCCUAUACCGUACUGCUCACGGAUCACGAAUUUCCGAUCCUUGCGCUCAGCUACUAUCUCGUCAUGCUUCAGUUCACGCUCAACUACAUCAUCGUGGGUGUGCUGUAUCUGCACGUACUGUUCGACCCUACGCCACUGUUGCACGUGCUCAAUGAGCUGAUCGAACGGACGCGUGCUCUGCUCCGGCACAUCUACCCCCCGGCCGGAGAGUCGCCGGUGGGGCGGCGGCUUUUUUUCAAAACCGUCGCGAUCGAUUUGCUGCAAUCCUUCACGUGGUAUGGAACAUUUAUCUGGCUGCAGCGCAAGUUCGGUGCCACCUAUAUGCUCGCCUUUUGGUUAAAUUCGAUCGCCGUGAUGCAGAUUGUCGCUGCGCUUAACAUACUCCUAGCGACCCUCCUCUGGGGAGCGUUUCUCUAUCGGCUGAUAAACGAACGGGUACGAACCGUCAUCGGCAAUCUGCUGCAGCUGGAUGACGCCGACCGACAGGUCCGAGACAGUGCCACCGGCCGCGAAAGACGAUUCAUUUGCAACCACAUCUACUUGCAACUCACCAUUCUGCGCACUCAUCACAGUGCGCUUACCAAGUGUAUUCAAAACAUUGUCGAGUUCUACAACAUGCCACUAGCACUAAUAAUGCUGUAUCAAUUUUUGAUUAUUAUUUCUGAGAUAUUCUACGCGUAUACGUCGAUCGUGCAAGACAUCAAAAACGAUGUGGAUGUGCCUCUGGGAACGUACAUGAGCUCUAUACUGUUUGCCCUGUUUGAAGCUAUCCAAUUUUACUACAUCGUAUCAGCCAGUUCUGAAAUUACCGAAGAGGCAGAAAAAACCGGCGUGCUGCUAAACGAGUUUCUACCAACCGAUCCAAACCCAAGAGUGGAACGAUGCAUUGAAUCGUUCGCUAUCGAGCUGUUACACGAAGACUUCAAGAUCAAUAACUGUGGCAUGUACGAUGUUGACUACACGUUGAUGUUUUCGCUGUUCCGGUAAUUGUCAUCACAUUCGCGCGCGAAUCGAAACGAGCCAAGUACGGGCCGGUCGAACAC